AUGUGGCAACUUAGGGUCAUUUCUUUGACGUUGUGUUUUGUACCCUCCUAUCAACAAUUCCCCCGUCUGUGUGCCACCCGGGAUGCCCUGCGCGCAAAGGAGUGCUGCCCGGCAUGGGAGGGAGACGGUUCGGCCUGCGGAGCCAGCUCGGGUCGGGGCUUCUGCAAGGAUGUGGAGGUCCCGGACCAGCCCCACGGGCCGCAGUACCCCUUCUCCGGGUUGGACGACAGGGAGAAGUGGCCCCUGGUUUUCUACAACCGGACUUGCCAGUGCGUGGGGAACUUCAUGGGUUUCAGCUGCGCGGACUGUAAGUUUGGCUACUUUGGGGGGAACUGCAAUGAGAGAAGAGAGUCUCUGAGGAGGAACAUAUUCCACCUGUCCAGGGCCGAGAGGAUCCGACUUGUGUCCUACCUCAAUCUGGCCAAGCACACGAUCAGCAGGGACUACGUUGUGGCCACGGGGACCUACCAGGAGAUGGAAAACGGCUCCAACCCGAUGUUCGCGGACGUGUCUUCCUAUGAUGUGUUUGUGUGGAUGCAUUACUAUGUGUCCCGGAACGCGCUGCUGGGGGGCCCGGGGAACGUGUGGACCAACGUGGACUUUGCGCACUGGGCGCCUGCGUUCCUCCCUUGGCACCGCGUGUACCUGCUGCACUGGGAGCACCAGAUCAGGAAGCUGACUGGAGACAUGAGCUUCACCAUCCCGUACUGGGACUGGAGGGAUGCCCAGGGCUGUGACGUGUGCACGGACGAGCUGAUGGGGGACCGGAGCCCCCAGGAUCCCAGUCUCCUCAGCCCAGGCUCGGUCUUCUCUUCUUGGACGGUGCUGUGCUCCCGAGCAGGGGACUACGGUGACAGGGGUGUGCUGUGUGACGCCACGGGAGAAGGCCCAUUGCGUCGUAACCCUGGAAACCACAAUCGUAACUUGGUUGAACGAUUACCAACUUCAGCAGAGGUGGAGUUCACUCUAAGUCUGACCAACUAUGACACCGGAGCCAUGGACCGCGGUGCCAACAUGAGCUUCAGGAACACUCUGGAAGGGUUCGGGGAUCCUCAGACUGGGUUAGGAAACAGUUCUCAUAUGGGCAUGCAUGCUGCUCUUCACGUGUUCAUGAACGGAACCAUGUCCUCGGUGCAGGGCUCAGCAAAUGACCCCAUAUUCCUUCUCCACCACGCUUUUGUUGAUAGCAUUUAUGAGCAGUGGCUCAGGAGACAUAGACCAACUCCAUCACAGUAUCCGGACGCCGAUGCUCCUAUAGGGCACAACAGCGAAUACCACAUGGUGCCCUUCCUGCCCCUCUACAAAAACAGAGAGUUCUUCAUCUCCAGCAAGGACCUGGGAUAUGAAUAUUCAUAUCUGCUAGAUUCUAACCAGAGGCUAGCAGAAUCCAUGCGUCCUUACCUGGAGGAAUUGCAGAAGGUGUGGCCCUGGCUUCUGCUCGCAGGGCUCUGUGGAGGAAUCGCAGCAGUGACCAUAGCCACUGCCGUCCUUACUGCAAAACGGCGAUACAGAGGGCUGCAUGUGGACAAGCGGAAAAACGUAUUUGCUCUCUCAGAGAGUCAGCCACUUAUCUGCAGCAGUGACAGAGAGGAAACCAAACAGCGUAACUACCAAACAACUAUCUGAAGGCACAGCCAGCUCUGGGCAGUGACGCCCUCAUCCAUGAAUUAUAACAU